UCUCUCCCAAAAUUUGUACCUUGAAAACAGAGUAGAAAACAGAGUUUAAUAAAACAGAGAAAAUUUAGACAAUUUCAUAAAGAUGAGAAAUAUCUUGAGAAUAAAGUCAAUUACUGAAUCAUAAUUAUAGAAAGCUUGUAGGGUUUGAUAUUUGAUUUCAAAGAUUAAGAUGUAUUUCAUGUGUGAAGUUGUUGAAGAAGAAGAAAAAGUUGAAGGUGAAUGGGAAAAAAGAAAGAUAGCAGAGUAGAUAUACAAAAAUUCAGAUUUAAAUUCGGUUAUUUGAUUCUGGGUUGUUGAAGAUUUUACUGAUUCAAAAACUGAUCUGGGUUUGUGAAGAAUUUGAAUUUGAAGCAGAGUAGAUAUUCAAAAGUUUAACCAGAGGAUUUGUUGUAACAGAACAUUGAAAAUGGAAGGGAUGUCAAUGGCGAUUACUGAUCAAGAAUUAGAAUUUGAGUUUGUAAAAUGUAAUUGUUGUGGAAUGACUGAAGAGUGUUCACAAGAAUACAUAGAAAAAAUUCGAGAAAGAUAUCAAGGGAAAUGGGUAUGUGGUCUAUGCAGUGAAGCAAUUGAUGAAGAGAUUAUCAAGAAACGUAUAUGUAUUGAAGAAGCUGUGAAUCGACAUGAGGAUUUCUAUAAGAAAUUCAGUUGUAGUAGUCCACCUACUAGUCCGAAUUUGGAUUUGAUUUUCGCCAUUAAACAACUUUGUAGAAAGACACUGGAUUCUCCGAGGGGUUUAAGGUCUACUCCGAGCAGUCCGAGUCGCCGGAGUAAUGAUGAUAUCGGUGUUGGUCAUCCUCUUGCUCGCUCCGAGAGUUGUUUUUCUUCGCUUGGUCGAUAAAAUGAAUAUGUCCGAAAUCAGAAUCCCGCCAUGAACCAACGAGCAUCCCUUGUCUUGAGGCAGAGGGCACGCCAGUCUGGGUGCCAGGUAUAUGGGCAAAAGCUUUAGACAUGAGAAUGUUAGGGAAAAAAGAGAUUAGUUUGAUUAGGGUUCUACAACUUAUAUUUAGUUUGAUGUGAUUAUGAAUUCCAAUUUCUGGUGAUAUUUAGUUGUUUUGAUUCUACGUUCAAAUGUAAAUAGCCAUGUUUUGUUGAAGAAUGAUUGUUGUUUUUCCCAUGGUUCUUUUAUUAUGUUGGCUGCAAAAAUGUUUGAAAUACAUGCACAUUUGGUUGAA